GGAGCAACUCGCCUGGCUGGUGGGGGUGCUGGGAGCAACUCGCCUGGCUGGUGGGGGUGCUGGGAGCAACUCGCCUGGCUGGUGGGGGCGCUGGGAGCAACUCACCUGGCUGGUGGGGGUGCUGGGAGCAACUCACCUGGCUGCUGGGGGUGCUAGGAGCAACUCUUCUGGCUGGUGGGGUUGCUGGGAGCAACUCGCCUGGCUGGUGGGGGUGCUGGGAGCAACUCGCCUGGCUGGUGGGGGUGCUGGGAGCAACUCGCCUGGCUGGUGGGGGUGCUGGGAGCAACUCACCUGGCUGGUGGGGGUGCUGGGAGCAACUCGCCUGGCUGGUGGGGGUGCUAGGAGCAACUCGUCUGGCUGGUGGGGUUGCUGGGAGCAACUCGCCUGGCUGGUGGGGGUGCUGGGAGCAACUCGCCUGGCUGGUGGGGGUGCUGGGAGCAACUCGCCUGGCUGGUGGGGGUGCUGGGAGCAACUCGUCUGGCUGGUGGGGGUGCUGGGAGCAACUCGCCUGGCUGGUGGGGGUGCUGGGAGCAACUCGCCUGGCUGGUGGGGGUGCUGGGAGCAACUCGCCUGGCUGGUGGGGGUGCUGGGAGCAACUCGCCUGGCUGGUGGGGGUGCUGGGAGCAACUCACCUGGCUGGUGGGGGUGCUGGGAGCAACUCGCCUGGCUGGUGGGGGUGCUAGGAGCAACUCGUCUGGCUGGUGGGGUUGCUGGGAGCAACUCGCCUGGCUGGUGGGGGUGCUGGGAGCAACUCGCCUGGCUGGUGGGGGUGCUGGGAGCAACUCGCCUGGCUGGUGGGGGUGCUGGGAGCAACUCGUCUGGCUGGUGGGGGUGCUGGGAGCAACUCGCCUGGCUGGUGGGGGUGCUGGGAGCAACUCGCCUGGCUGGUGGGGGUGCUGGGAGCAACUCGUCUGGCUGGUGGGGGUGCUGGGAGCAACUCGCCUGGCUGGUGGGGGUGCUGGGAGCAACUCGCCUGGCUGGUGGGGGUGCUGGGAGCAACUCGCCUGGCUGGUGGGGGUGCUGGGAGCAACUCGCCUGGCUGGUGGGGGUGCUGGGAGCAACUCACCUGGCUGGUGGGGGUGCUGGGAGCAACUCGCCUGGCUGGAGCAACUCUUCUGGCUGGUGGGGUUGCUGGGAGCAACUCGCCUGGCUGGUGGGGGUGCUGGGAGCAACUCGCCUGGCUGGUGGGGGUGCUGGGAGCAACUCGCCUGGCUGGUGGGGGUGCUGGGAGCAACUCACCUGGCUGGUGGGGGUGCUGGGAGCAACUCGCCUGGCUGGUGGGGGUGCUAGGAGCAACUCGUCUGGCUGGUGGGGUUGCUGGGAGCAACUCGCCUGGCUGGUGGGGGUGCUGGGAGCAACUCGCCUGGCUGGUGGGGGUGCUGGGAGCAACUCGCCUGGCUGGUGGGGGUGCUGGGAGCAACUCGUCUGGCUGGUGGGGGUGCUGGGAGCAACUCGCCUGGCUGGUGGGGGUGCUGGGAGCAACUCGCCUGGCUGGUGGGGGUGCUGGGAGCAACUCGCCUGGCUGGUGGGGGUGCUGGGAGCAACUCGCCUGGCUGGUGGGGGUGCUGGGAGCAACUCACCUGGCUGGUGGGGGUGCUGGGAGCAACUCGCCUGGCUGGUGGGGGUGCUAGGAGCAACUCGUCUGGCUGGUGGGGUUGCUGGGAGCAACUCGCCUGGCUGGUGGGGGUGCUGGGAGCAACUCGCCUGGCUGGUGGGGGUGCUGGGAGCAACUCGCCUGGCUGGUGGGGGUGCUGGGAGCAACUCGUCUGGCUGGUGGGGGUGCUGGGAGCAACUCGCCUGGCUGGUGGGGGUGCUGGGAGCAACUCGCCUGGCUGGUGGGGGUGCUGGGAGCAACUCGUCUGGCUGGUGGGGGUGCUGGGAGCAACUCGCCUGGCUGGUGGGGGUGCUGGGAGCAACUCACCUGGCUGGUGGGGGUGUUAGGAGCAACUCACCUGGCUGGUGGGGGUCCUCGGAGCAACUCACCUGGCUGGUGGGGGUGAUGGGAGCAACUCACCUAGUUUGUGGGGGUGCUGGGAGCAACUCACCUGGCUGGUGGGGGUGCUGGGAGCAACUCACCUGGCUGGUGGGGGUGGUGAAAGCAACUCACCUGGCUGGUGGGGGUGCUAGGAGCAACUCACCUGGCUGGUGGGGGUGCUGGGAGCAACUCACCUGGCUGGUGGGGGUGCUGGGAGCAACUCACCUAACUGGUGGGGUUGUUCGGAGCAACUCACCUGGCUGGUGGGGGUGCUGGGAGCAAGUAACCUGGCCUGUGGGGGUGCUAGGAGCAACUCGCCUGGCUGGUGGGGGUGCUGGGAGCAACUCGCCUGGCUGGUGGGGGUGCUGGGAGCAAUUCGCCUGGCUGGUGGGGGUGCUGGGAGCAACUCGCCUGGCUGGUGGGGGUGCUGGGAGCAACUCGCCUGGCUGGUGGGAGUGCAGGGAGCAACUCGCCUGGCUGGUGGGGGUGCUGGGAGCAACUCGCCAGGCUGGUGUGGGUGCUGGGAGCAACUCGCCUGGCUGGUGGGGGUGCUGGGAGCAACUCGCCUGGCUGGUGGGGGUGCUGGGAGCAACUCGCCUGGCUGGUGGGGGUGCUGGGAGCAACUCGCCUGGCUGGUGGGGGUGCUGGGAGCAACUCGCCUGGCUGGUGGGGGUGCUGGGAGCAACUCGCCUGGCUAGUGGGGGUGCUGGGAGCAACUCGCCUGGCUGGUGGGGGUGCUGGGAGCAACUCACCUGGCUGGUGGGGGUGCUGGGAGCAACUCGCCUGGCUGGAGCAACUCGCCUAGCUGGUAGGAAUGCUGGGAGCAACUCGCCUGGCCGGUGGGGGUGCUGGGAGCAACUCGCCUGGCCGGUGGGGGUGCUGGGAGCAACUCACCUGGCUGGUGGGGGUGCUGGGAGCAACUCACCUGGCCGGUGGGGGUGCUGGGAGCAACUCGCCUGGCUGGUGGGAGUGCAGGGAGCAACUCGCCUGGCUGGUGGGGGUGCUGGGAGCAACUCGCCAGGCUGGUGUGGGUGCUGGGAGCAACUCGCCUGGCUGGUGGGGGUGCUGGGAGCAACUCGCCUGGCUGGUGGGGGUGCUGGGAGCAACUCGCCUGGCUGGUGGGGGUGCUGGGAGCAACUCACCUGGCUGGUGGGGGUGCUGGGAGCAACUCACCUAACUGGUGGGGUUGUUCGGAGCAACUCACCUGGCUGGUGGGGGUGCUGGGAGCAAGUAACCUGGCCUGUGGGGGUGCUAGGAGCAACUCGCCUGGCUGGUGGGGGUGCUGGGAGCAACUCGCCUGGCUGGUGGGGGUGCUGGGAGCAAUUCGCCUGGCUGGUGGGGGUGCUGGGAGCAACUCGCCUGGCUGGUGGGGGUGCUGGGAGCAACUCGCCUGGCUGGUGGGAGUGCAGGGAGCAACUCGCCUGGCUGGUGGGGGUGCUGGGAGCAACUCGCCAGGCUGGUGUGGGUGCUGGGAGCAACUCGCCUGGCUGGUGGGGGUGCUGGGAGCAACUCGCCUGGCUGGUGGGGGUGCUGGGAGCAACUCGCCUGGCUGGUGGGGGUGCUGGGAGCAACUCGCCUGGCUGGUGGGGGUGCUGGGAGCAACUCGCCUGGCUGGUGGGGGUGCUGGGAGCAACUCGCCUGGCUAGUGGGGGUGCUGGGAGCAACUCGCCUGGCUGGUGGGGGUGCUGGGAGCAACUCACCUGGCUGGUGGGGGUGCUGGGAGCAACUCGCCUGGCUGGUGGGGGUGCUGCGAGCAAUUUACCUGGCUGGUGGGGGUGCUGGGAGCAACUCACCUGA